CUCGUGUUUGGUCAAAAUGGAAACUUGCGGACUCACAGCCCUCCAUCACAGUCAAGUUCUAAACUAGUUUUUGCAUAAAAGCAUUCAGCACAGCAAACAAGAUGCAGGACAAGAUGGAGAGGUCUGCAGCUCAGCUGCCUUUCUUUGUUCCAGCCAGCAGCUCUCAGCAGCGUCUGUUCAGGAAGAGUACCACCUACCUGGCUAAGAUCGCUGUCGUCCUCCAAGAUGCUCCAGGCAAGAUGCUCACUUUUACUCAGCUGAUGGACAAGCUGGCACCACUAAUAUCUGAAGACAGAAAAUCCGUUGAGAAUAACAUCAGAGUCUGUUUAUCAGCCAACAAAUGUUUUGUCAAGAUUCCAGUGGUCCCAGAUUCACUGGACAGUAAGAGAAACUACUGGAAACUGGACCCCAGUCAGAUCACAGCAAAGAUGGUGCGUCGUCACUUCAAAGGAAUGCUGCAGCUCUUCCCUGAGUUGGCCUCCAAAGUGCAAACAGAGAACACAAGCAGCCCAUCAGAGCGCUGCUCAGCUGUCCACUCUCCUGAACCUGCAGCCUGCAGAACUGUUCAGAUCAGAUGUGAGGUGAAAUUCAGCAGUCCUUUCUCCAUUGAAUCCCUCCUGAAGAGAGAGAGUCCCUCUGCUCAGACCUCCAGAGCUUCUCCUCUGUCUGGUGUGCCGGUCCGAGUGGAGCAGCAGCUCCACAGAGUCGGGACAAAGAGGAGCUUCAACUGGGACUCUGAGGAGCUUCUCCUCCAUCGAGCUCCAGCUGGAAGUUCCUCCAUCUGCUCAACAGGGGGCAGCACACACCAUGGACUCACUAGUAAUGGAGCUGCUAAGCCCAUCAAGAGGAUGCAUGUGUGCACUGAGGCCUUGUUCCCCGUCUACACAAGAGCCAGUGUGGCACUCGGACGUAAGAGGAUAAACAAGCACCACGUUGACAUCCGCUCACAACAAACAACAAUCGGGGCAGUCACGUCGCGCUCGUCCUCCUCGUCCCGGCCCCGCCCACAGCUGCUGCAGCCAUCCUGA